AUGUCUUCGUCAUCGUCGUCUGAUGAUUCUGAUGAAGAUAUGAUUCUUCAAAUUUUAAUAAAUCUUCCAAGACCAAGGCUGUUUAGGGAUAGGUCUAAUCCGUUGCAGGACUAUGACGACUUGGACUUCAAAUUGUCGAAAGAAACAUUUAUGAUACUUUUGCAUAUGAUCGGUGACUCUAUUAAACAUAAGACAAAUAGAAGUUCAUCUCUAUCACCUGUACUUCAACUUUUGAUUGCUUUGCGUUACUAUGCAACUGGAGCAUUCCAAAUGGUGUUAGGUGAUCAUAUUCAGGUUCAUAAAUCUACUGUUUGUAGAGUUAUUAAAACAGUGUCCAUAGAAAUUACUCGAUUACGUCCACACUUUAUCCAAUUCCCUAGUAGUGUUGCAGAGCAACAAAAAGUUCAAUUAGGAUUUUUUAGAUUACAUCAAUUUCCUCGUGUUAUUGGUGCACUAGAUUGUUCGCAUAUCAGAAUACAAUCACCUAAAAGUGAUAUCGGCGAGCAGUUCCGUAAUCCAAAAUUUGAAAAUAAUGAGUUUGGAAAUUCUUAUUUGCUUGGUGAUGGAGGUUAUCCUUGUCGAAAUUAUCUCCUAACUCCUUUAUUGAAUCCAAGAACUGACGCAGAACGCAAAUAUCAAAAAGCUCAAAUUGGUUCAAGGAAUGUGGUGGAAAGAUUGUUUGGGGUUUUAAAGAGAAGAUUUCCUGUUCUAGCAGUUGGAGUUCGUACAAAACUAAGUACUACUAUGGCUACUAUCGUUGCUACGGCAGUUCUGUAUAAUUUUCUUCUAAAAGAAAAAGAUGAGAUACCUCCAGAAUUUGAUAAUCAUGUAAUUGAUAUUGAAUUACUUCAAGAGAUACCAACUUUGCCCAUUCAUCAGUUAGGAAAUGCUGAAAGAUCACAUUUAAUAAAUACUGUGUUUUCUUGA